CAUCUCAUCACAUCAUUGAGUGAUUUAAACUUCACUAACAGAAAAAUGGCUUCAACCACAAACUCUAAUCUACAUUAUAAUAUUAUUCUGCUUGGAAAAACAGGAUCAGGAAAAAGUGCUUCAGGAAAUACCAUAGUGGGAGAAAACAUGUUUAUUUCCAAUAAGACAUUUAAAACUCAGGAGGUUCAGAGGGAGAGAGUCGUCUUUAAUGGUGUGACUCUUGAUGUCUACGACACACCAGGACUCUUUAAUACAGAAACAACCAAUGACGAGGUUUUAUAUCAAUGGAAGCCUCUGCUUCAUCUAGAUGAAAGAACCUGCACUGUGAUUCUGUUGGUGAUGAAAGUAGACAGAUUUACUCAAGAAGAUAAUAAAGCUAUUCUUCUGAUGGAGGACUUUAUACCAGAAAGAUUUAUCCAGAACACAUGGAUCCUCUUCACCAGAGGAGAUGAGCUGGAGCGAGAAGGUCUCACUAUAGAGGAGUUUAUAGAAGACACAGAAGAACCGAAGAAACUGGUGCAGAAGUUUCAGAACAGAUAUCAUGUCUUUAACAACGUCUCACAAAGUUCAAACCAAGUCCAAAUGUUAAUAACUAAAAUAAAACAGACUGCACAGAUCAUCUGUUCAGAGUUAAGACUAACAGACCCUGAAGAUCAUCUACACAGGAGGAUUGUGCUGGUGGGGAAGACUGGUGUUGGGAAAAGCGCUACAAGAAACACCAUCCUGAGAGGGACAAGGUUCAGAUCUGAGUCUGGUUCAACAUCAGUAACAUCAUCCAGUGAAAUACAAAAGGAGGUAGUUUUAGGGAGGAAAGUGUCUGUGAUCGACACACCAGGGUUAUUCGACACAACACAAUCCCGUGAGAGGUUAGCUGAGGAGAUCGGGUGGAGUAUUUACCUGUCCAGUCCUGGACCUCAUGCUCUCCUUUACAUCCUGCCCAUUAAUACGAGAUUCACAGAACAGGAGGAAGAUGUUCUACAGAAAGUAGAGAUGAUUUUCGGAAGUGAGAUGAAAAAAUACACAAUGAUUCUCUUCACCCAUGUGGAUCAGUUAGAGGGUAAAUCUGUGGAUGAGGUGAUUCAGGAGAACAGAUUUCUCAGAAGAGUAAUUAAUCAGUGUGGAGGUGGAUAUCACAUCUUCAACAAUAAAACAUUCAGAAACAGAUCACAGGUCAGUGAGCUGCUGGAGAAGAUAGACAGAAUGUUGGAGAAGAACGGAGGAACCUGUUACUCCAAUCAGAUGUAUGAGGAAGCGGCAAGAAUUAGGAGAAAUGACAAGAAGGGAGAAACUGAAGGUUUUAAAGAGUUUUACAAAAGUUACAAAUCUACUUUGCUUAUUGCUGCAGGUAUUGGAUGUGUAGGUGGAGCUCUGACUGGAGCUACAAUAGGAGCUAUAGUUGGUUCUGUUGCAGGUCCUGUAGGUACAGUUAUUGGAGCAGGUGUUGGAGCAUAUAUUGGAGCUUAUAUUGGAGCAGGUGUUGGUCUAGUAACUGGUGCAGUCACUGGUGCAGCUACAGGCUUUUUCAAAUUUAAAAAAUCAUAAAGAUAA